AUGCGGUGUUUGAUCUUGACUGUGCUCUGCACUAUUCUGUUGCUGGGGACGAUGUCAUCGGCUUGGCCAUGGCAGCUGCACGGAGGGCUUCUGGGUGACUCCUUGGAAAAGCGAGCAGACAGCACAGAUACAGCAACCGCUGAAACCUCCGAAUCUACCACGGAGGCCCCCACUGCCUCCAGGACUUCUGCUAGAAGCACCGCCACGGACAGCGACAGCACCGACACAAACACAAACACCAACACAAAAACCAACACCAACACCAGAACAGGCACUGCAACCGAUUCCGAGGAGACCGGCAAAACAACUGAGACGAAGACGGGAAAAAGCAAGACUACCGCCACGACCUCGAUCUCCAUUAACCCUGCUGGCGCUGCUGGCGGUGUGUCCAUGAUCACCCCCGCCGCCUUGUCCACGAGCUACUACAAGAUCGGCCAGGAUGUGACAUUCGCAUGGAACUACACCUCCCUGAUAGUCACGCCGUCUGCAAUCAACGUCGUCGCCUCGUGCAGCUUCAACUCGAUGACAUACACGCUCGCCUCCAACAUGUCCGUGAAGGAAACCGGAAGCAUCGUGUGGGAUACUGGAAAAUACCAGAAAUCAGCCACCGCUCCGUUGCUUACCGCAUCGUAUACCUUGAUCAUCUAUGAUGCUAGCAAGGAAAUCGACGAUCCCGCGACCGCAGGAUACUUGAGCUCGCAGAACGGUGGUUUCGUCUUUGGGAUGUACGCCCCUCAGUCUUACACCCCACUCAAUGAAUUCCACUGUGCCACCUGCAGCGGCGCCUUGUCCGAAACCAGCCGCCUAGCCAUCAAAUUUACCGUCGGCAUGGCUGUUAUCACUUUCGCUUCGUUUGGCUGGUUUGCGGGUAGUGCUGGCGUCCUUACCACUUGA